CCUGUGCAAUACUAUAUCUGAACUCUACCGCGCCCGCGGUAUAACUGCGCGCUGGGGUCCGAGCCGGCGCCGACGGGCCGCCAUUCAUGCGGGGACGGCGUCGGCACACGUGAGAAGAGAAUUACUCACAGGGCGCAGAGAGCAGAGGGCGAAAAGGCAGAAAACAAGGAGAGUUGAGGGCAGAGAAGAGUCUGACCGCGGCUCGCCGUCCCUUCGCCCGGCGUACAACGAUAGACUACAAAUACAUAUACCCUUCCUCGGCCCUUCUUUGUUUCCCCACACCCCUUCCUUUCAUCUUCUCUCUCUUUCUCUUCUAUCUUCUGUUCUCUUACACUAUCUUCACUAUCCUCGCCAUGGCAUACUCUACAAUCGACCUCGACGCCGAGCAGCGCCAGUACGAGGCUGACGUCGCCGCCGUCAAAAAGUGGUGGGCCGAUCCCCGAUGGAAACACACCAAGCGCGUCUACACCGCUGAAUCCAUCGUCCAGAAGCGUGGCUCUCUCAAGAUCUCCUACCCUUCCAGCGAUAUGAGUAAAAAGCUCUUUGCUCUCUUGCAGGAGCACGACAAGAACAAAUCCGUAUCAUUCACCUUUGGUGCUCUCGACCCCAUCCACGUCGCUCAGAUGGCGAAAUACCUAGACUCCAUCUACGUCUCUGGCUGGCAAUGCUCCUCCACGGCCUCGACCUCGAACGAGCCCUCGCCCGACCUCGCUGACUACCCGAUGGACACCGUCCCAAACAAAGUUGAGCACCUCUGGUUCGCGCAGCUCUUCCACGACCGCAAGCAGCGCGAGAGCCGUCUCUCCGUCUCACCCUCCGAGCGCGCAAAGCUCAACUACAUUGACUUUCUGCGCCCGCUCAUCGCCGACGCUGAUACCGGCCACGGCGGCAUCACUGCCAUUCUCAAGCUCACAAAGAUGUUCAUCGAGCGCGGCGCUGCUGGUAUUCAUAUCGAGGACCAGGCGCCUGGAACUAAAAAGUGCGGACACAUGGCGGGCAAAGUGCUCGUCCCGACCUCUGAGCACAUCAACCGUCUUGUCGCGAUCCGCGCGCAGGCCGACAUCAUGGGCGUCGACUUGCUCGCGAUCGCGCGGACAGACUCCGAGGCGGCGACGCUCAUCACCUCGACGAUCGACUACCGCGACCACCCGUUCAUCCUCGGCUCGACGAACCCCACGCUGCCCGACCUCGUCACGAUCAUGAUCAAGGCCGAGCAAGCGGGCAAGCAAGGCGCCGAUCUGCAAAAGAUCGAGGACGAGUGGAUCGCGGUUGCGGGAAUCAAGACCUACAAGGACGCCGUGAUUGACGCCAUCAAGAGCGGCUCGUUCGCUUCCAAGGACGCGCUGGUUUCAAAGUUCGAGUCCGCAAUCAAGGGCAAGUCGAACGAAGAGGCUCGCAUCAUCGCAAAGCAGCUCACGGGACUCGACGUUUUCUGGAACUGGGACGCGCCGCGCACGCGCGAGGGAUACUACCGCAUCCAGGGCGGCACCGCCUACGCGGUCGCGCGCGCGGUCGCGUAUGCUCCCUACGCGGACUUGCUGUGGAUGGAGAGCAAGUACCCGGACUACAAGCAGGCUGAGGACUUUGCGCUCGGCGUCAAGGCCGUGCACCCGCACCAGUGGCUCGCGUACAACCUCUCGCCCUCGUUCAACUGGACGACCGCGAUGGCGGUCGAGGACCAAGAGACGUAUAUCAAGCGAUUGGGCAAGCUCGGGUACGUCUGGCAGUUCAUCACGCUCGCGGGCCUGCACACGACCGCGCUCGCGGUCGACGACUUCUCGCGCAAGUACGCCGAGAUCGGCAUGCGCGCGUACGGCCAGUACGUGCAGCAGCCCGAGAUCGAUCUCGGAGUCGAGGUCGUCAAGCAUCAGAAGUGGUCUGGCGCGGAGUACAUUGAUUCGCUGUUGAAGAUGGUGCAGGGCGGCGUGAGCAGUACGGCUGCGAUGGGCAAGGGCGUUACGGAGGAGCAGUUUAAGCAUUGAUUACGCGAAUAAAAUGCGGUGUUCUGUUUUAGUUUUGUGGUUUUUCUGUUUUAUCGUAUCGUUUUUCAAGGAACUUAAAAGCGCUUGCAUUUGAGGUUGCUUCAAUGAAUAUCAGUAUCAACUAUCGAGAUCAUCUACGUCAUUGUCGGAUGUCUGGUUUUCGGAUUUUAGAAGCUGCCGGUUAAAAGAAGGACAGUCUAUGAAUAGAAGAUCAUUCUGCGCAGAGUGCUCCAAAUCAGAAUACAAAUACAGUCAGCCAUUGAUAAUACUAUGACAAAAGUCUCCAACACUUUUCCAGUCUGCUGUUAUUCCUUGAACGCAAUCCCCAAACUAGCAACUCCGGCGGGAUCUGCGAACCCUAUUCCACUUCAAUGAAAAAUAAAAAAAAAAAUAAAAAAAAAUAAAAAA